GGUAACAGCAAUGAUUUACAUCGCAACGAUAGGAUGGAAGUAUUUAUCUGGAAAUUACUGUUUUUAAUGUCAAAGAACUGAAUGCCUGUGUUGUGAGUGACUGAAGUCAUGGCUUACUGGAUCCAGUUUCGUUGGAGAAUCUGGUUGUUGGUUCCACUGGCUCUGGAUCAUCUCGCUCUUGCUGAUGAUCUGAAGCCCACCAGAUGGCCUCUUUACCCUCAGAAGCCUGUGGUUCUGGUCUGGAACGCCCCAACAGAAGACUGCAGUCUUCGGCACAAGGUCCACUUCCAGCUCGAUCAAUUUCAGAUCGUGGCAUCUCCGAAUAAAGGCUUUGCCGAGCAGAACCUCACCAUAUUCUACAAAGAGCACCUGGGCCUUUAUCCGCACUUUCAUGAAGGUGUGGCUGUCAAUGGUGGACUACCACAGAUCGCCAGCCUCACGCACCACAGAGAGACGAUGCCGGAGGGGAUUGCAAAGUACAUUCAUGACCAAUCGGCGCGAGGCCUGGCCGUGAUCGACUGGGAGGAAUGGCAUCCAAUUUGGAAACGGAAUUCGGAUGCCAAAGACAUUUACAAGAACCAGUCGCAGCGCUUAGUGGCCCAGAAAAACCCGGGCUGGACUUCAACCCAGAUUUACAAAGUAGCUCAGCAGGAGUUCGAGAUGUCCUGCCGUAAAUUCAUGUUAGAGACGUUGCGGCUAGCCAAAAGCUUGCGUCCUAACCAGCUUUGGGGCUUCUACCUCUUUCCUGACUGCUACAACCACGACUACCGCAACAGUCUGGAGAACUACACGGGACGCUGCCCGGAUGCAGAGGUGGCCAGGAACGACCAGCUGAAGUGGCUGUGGACUGAAAGCACGGCCCUGUUUCCAUCCGUGUAUAUGAGCUCGGUGUUGCGUUCGACAUCCUCCGGUCGCCAGUUUGUCCGAAGCCGGGUGAAGGAGGGAAUGAGAUUGGCAUCGGUGGGAGAGGGAUUGGCACGUCCUGUUUUUGUCUACAGCCGCCCUACCUAUGCCAAUGAGCUGGAGCUGCUGACAGAGAUGGAUUUGGUGUCCACCAUUGGAGAAAGUGUGGCUCUGGGAGCAGCUGGUGUCAUUCUCUUCGGUGAUGCUGCUUAUGCCGGCCAGCAAU